CUGAACGAAUUUUUCUCAUAACCCACUUUAUUUUUCUUCAAUUGUAUUGUGUUGUGUAUUUUGGUAUGUUUGUGUCGUAUUUUAACUCGUUUCGCGUGAGAAAGAAUUUAUAAAACAGACAGGUGUUGUAACUCUCGGAAUAAUGUCGUAGUUGAACACAACCUAUUGUUACUAGUGAGUCACUAUUUCAAAAAUUAAUGGAGCUGAAGGUCUGGGUCGAGGGAAUACAAAGAAUUGUUUGUGGGGUCACGGAGACUACUACUUGUCAGGAUGUAGUUUUCGCACUAGCCCAUGCCACUGGUAAAGUAGGCAGAUUUACACUGAUCGAACGGUGGCGGAAUAAUGAGCGACUACUGGCCCCUCAAGAAUAUCCUUUGAAGAUACUCAUGAAAUGGGGAGAGUAUUCCAAUGAUAUUCAAUUUAUUUUGAGGCGAUCUGAUUCUGGAAGUGGUCAGAAGUCAUCACAACCAACAAAUAACUCUAGAUCUCCAAUUGGAAAUGGGAGCCAUAACAAUUCAAACCCCAACAUCUUGGACAGCCAGAACUCACCAAACAGAAUAAACCCGGGACCCACUUACAAUAACAUAAGCAACACCUCUCCGGGAAAUCCAGUGGGUGUGGUGAAAGGAGUGCAGCAAUCCAAGACUCCAGAAUCUGAUAGUCCUGUGCUUAAAGAUGUUCCACCUUAUAGGGAGCCACCACCACCUUACCGGUCUCCGCCGCCCCCGACGCAGUCCCGCAAGUCGCCUACCCGCACGCGGCCGCGCUCCUCGCACAUGUCCCCAGUGAACUUGCCUGAAGAGGAGCCCCGGGGCCCUGAAGCCGUCACCUACAACAGCCAGUACAGGGAGCUCGUGUCACUUGUCAACUACCAGAGGGAGAAGCUCACCACGCAGCAAGCUGAUCUCAUUAAGUAUGAUGCUGAAAUUGGUUUUUGGGAGAACAAAGGAAGGGAGCAGGAACGGCAAGUGGAACUUCUGCAGCAGCAGAUCAGCUCUGCGGAUAAUCAGCUCAGAAUAAGUACUGAACAGAAGCUUUUCGAGCAGGUGCAAGCGUUAACCUACUUAGAAGAAGAGAAUGAGAUCGUGAAACAGAACGAGAAGACCUUGAAGUCGGAGAUAGUGCUGGUGCGGUCGAAGCUGGCCAACUGUGAGACUGAGCUGCUGCAGUGCAAGAAUAAGAUACGGAAGAUUAUGGAGGACAUCCAUAAUGAACAGAGGAUUGUUAAUAGUAGACAGCAGGAGAAUAGACAAGCUUUAGAAAGAUCAAUGUUGGCUGAAGUAGAAAAUUUGCAAACUCAAAUUCAACAAGCAAAACAUGCAACAGAAAUAAACCAUCUCACCGCUGAAAACUUAAAGCGCGAGGUUGGAGUCCUAGAAGACGCAAUAAUGGAAAAGAAGAGACAAGUCGAGCGACUCGUACAAGAAAUGAAAGAAGCUAAUCUUCAAAGUCUUUCUGGCAGCGUGGACGAACUUAGACAUCCGCUUGAUGGAUUGUGCAAAGCUGGCAGUGCAAGGAGAAUCAUAGGAUCACCUCGGCAACUGGAAAAUGCUGCUCCCACCAAUAAGAAUCCUCAUGGUGUAUGGGUUUAGCCAGUUCAUCAAAUAACACGACUGCCCUACGAGUGUCAACCAUGUUGAGUUAAUUUAAUCCCAGAUGACUCCUUUUUUACCAGAACAUCUAAGUUUGGCAGAGUAUUAUGAUACCUAAGUUCCUAUGAUAAUCACUUAUGGUUGCCAUAGCGGUAUAUAAGCGGUGAUAUUAAGUUUGAUCAGCAGAUAUGUUAAUGAUUAACAUUGUCAUAAAGAGUGGUAAUGUAUUUGUACUAAACAUUUAGUUAAAUUAUCAAUACUAUUCCCACAAUUAAAACAGGAUCAUUAUAGCUCGCAUGAAAUACAUAUAGGAGAUUGGGUAGAAAAUAAACGUGCAUUUUCUUCAAAUGUUUUUUAGGAGUUAAUUUAGUGGUAUUUGUGUUCAAAGUAGUGUCAUAUAAAUUAUACUUAGGGUCACAAAUUGUGUCUUAUCAUAUCAUAUUUUAAUUUAAGAUUAUUAGACGAAUUUUUAUUAACUAAAUAAUUAUAGAAAGAUUUACAUUGGAAUAUUUGGAAUUUUCUAUAAUUCUAUAUGUAUAGGUAGUAAAAGUAUUAUCAUGUCUUGCCAUCCUAAUAAAGUAAUUGUACCUUGUAAAUUUUACUUCAUAGAUAUUCUUCGGAGGGAACAAACAUACCUACUCAAAUGUCUCAUACGUAUAAGUGCUAUAUAUACUUACCUACAUACAUUAUUAGCUAUAAGUGUAUGCGGAACACUUAAAACGAUGAUAUGGUUACUUAUUUUACCAAUUUUAUGACUCAUCAGAACAAGUAUUGGUCUAUGAAAUUAAUACAAAUGGUACUAUUACUUAAAAUAACUCCUAGUUAUAUUUUCUUAUAUAUCCUAGGUAUUUUGAGUAGUUAAUGAAUAAUUUGCAAUACAGAUAUGUUUAAUGAUAAUAAUCUAGUCGAAAAUAUAAGCCAUUGCAAUACUUAUGUGUGAACCAAUAGAAUUAUCUCGUGUUAUAGUGAAAUUUAAACUUAAAUUAUGUCAGCAUUUAUGGGAAACUGAGUAUUUCAAAAGUAUUUAAUUAGGCCUAAUAUAUUAUGUAAUAAAUACGAACCUGUAUGUUACUUGUAAUCUCUACUAUUAUUGUGCUUGGUUUCUAUAAAAGUAGUUAGAAUGUUUGUCUAUAAUUCAUAUAUCAAAUAAAGUGAUUUAAAG